CUGGCGCAUGUGAGAUGACGGCACGUGAGAUGCUGCGUUGUGUCAUCUCUGCGUUCUCGUCCUCUCGUCCUUUCCUCCUUAUAAUCGCACUUGUCGUCAGUCUGGUAGGCAGGAACAGUUAAACAGUAAAACGCAAAAUGAAAGACCACGACGGAACGCCUCAUCAAAGAAAGCCGACGAAACUCAGGAAUCUUGCGGAUAAGACAGAGGCGUUUGAUUCUUUGCACGUGAGAAAUGCCGAGAAAACCCUUUGUUCGAACCAAGUUUGUCUUGGUAGUAUAAUGCAGCUACCAAUUCAUGGAACAGAGCCACGCACAAAAGAAGAAAUCUUAGUUCACGCUACUGAUUUUCUAGAGCAAUAUUUUACUUCCAUCAGAAGAUUAAAUAGUGACGGUCAUCGUGCACGUUUGGAGAGUGUGCAGAAAGAAGUUUUGUCUACUGGUACAUAUCAGUUAACGGAGACAGAACUAGUGUUCGGCGCAAAGUUAGCUUGGCGAAAUGCUGUGAGAUGCAUUGGUCGUAUACAAUGGUCAAAGCUACAGGUUUUCGACUGCCGUUAUGUUACAACUACUAGCGGCAUGUUUGAGGCUUUAUGCAAUCACAUCAAGUAUGGUACGAAUAAAGGAAAUAUCAGGUCUGCGAUAACAAUAUUUCCACAACGCACUGAUGGGAAACACGAUUACAGAGUAUGGAAUCAGCAGUUGAUCAAUUAUGCAGGAUACAAAAAUCCAGAUGGUACUAUUCUCGGCGAUCCUGCUAAUGUUGAAUUCACAGAGGUUUGCAUGAAAUUAGGGUGGAAAGGUACACGAACCAGAUUCGACAUAUUGCCAUUGGUUCUAUCUGCUAAUGGGCACGAUCCAGAUUACUUUGACAUUCCUAGUGACUUGGUACUCGAAGUAUCUCUUAGUCAUCCUACGUACGAUUGGUUUGAAAAAUUGGGUCUCAAGUGGUUUGCUGUCCCAGCCGUGUCUGGAAUGGUUUUCGAUUGUGGUGGUUUAGUAUUCACCGCGGCACCUUUUAACGGCUGGUACAUGAGCACCGAGAUUGGCUCCAGAGAUUUAUGCGAUGCUCAAAGAUAUAACAUGCUCGAGACAAUAGCGACGAACAUGGGUCUAGACACAAGGACAUCUAUAUCGUUGUGGAAAGAUAAAGCGAUGAUAGAAGCUAACGUCGCAGUACUGCAUAGCUUUCAGAUGAAGAACGUGACGAUCGUAGAUCAUCAUACCGCUUCAGAAUCUUUCAUGAAACAUUAUGAAAAUGAGAUGCGUCUACGAAACGGCUGUCCCGCAGAUUGGCUGUGGAUCGUGCCGCCAAUAUCUGGAUCCGCUACGCCGGUAUUUCAUCAGGAAAUGGCGCUUUAUCAUUUAAAACCUUCUUACGACGCUCAGGAUCCAGCGUGGAAAACUCAUGUAUGGAAGAAAGGGCGCGACAAAAAAUCAACAUCAAAAAAACCAAGACGAAAGUUUCACUUCAAACAGAUUGCGAGAGCCGUGAAAUUUACAUCCAAGCUGUUUGGACGAGCGUUAUCACGUCGAAUAAAAGCGACCGUGCUAUUUGCCACGGAAACUGGCACGUCUCAAAUGUAUGCGGAAAAGUUGGGUGAGUUACUAGGUCACGCUUUUCAUUCCCAGGUACUUUGCAUGGAUGAAUACGACAUUAGUAACAUAGAACACGAAGCCCUGCUGCUGGUGGUAACUUCUACUUUCGGAAACGGUGAUCCACCAGAAAAUGGAGAAGUAUUCGCGCAAAACUUAUACGCGAUGAAAAUGAACGACGCAUAUAUAAACAGCGAGAAUAAAAUCAGUUUAGCGACCUCGAAAUCAUUUAUCAAAGCUAACAGUCAAACGGAAGUGAGUGGAUCGAAGAAAUUGGAUCGACUAGAUUCCAUGCGUGGUUCUACGACGGAAUCACAAACCGAGGAUACCUUCGGACCCCUCAGCAAUGUCCGAUUCGCCGUGUUUGCUCUAGGAUCGUCCGCAUAUCCGAACUUUUGUGCUUUUGGUCGCUAUGUCGACAACUUGUUAGGCGAAUUAGGUGGAGAACGAUUGGCGCGUUUGGCCCAAGGUGACGAGAUGUGUGGACAGGAGCAGACCUUCCGGAAGUGGGCAGCUGAUAUCUUCGCGAUCGCGUGCGAAACAUUCUGUUUGGACGAUGAUGAUACGUUAUUGGAAGUAGCUUUGUCUCUGGGUUCUGAAGCGUUGUCUGCAGCCACAGUUCGUUUCGUAGAAGCUGAGCCUCAACCGAUCGCCAAAGCAUUAAGCAAAUGCCACAAUAGAAACGUGACAAUGUGUAAUAUGCUUCGAAGAACCAAUUUGAGCGGAGACGAGUCCAGCGGAACGACAUUGCUUCUGGAACUGGACGACAUAGUAGGCAUGGAUAUUUCUUAUAAACCUGGGGAUCACUUGGGUGUAUUCGCGUGCAAUCGAGCAGACCUUGUGGAGAGAAUCUUGCAACGCGUGCAAUCUACUUUCGAUGCUGAUGUAUCAAUCGAAUUGCAAGUGCAGAAACAAGCACAUACUCCCAAUGGAAUUGUAAAAACAUGGAUACCACAUGAUAGAUAUUUACCAAAUUCCUUACGGAUGUUGUUAACACGAUUUUUGGACAUCACGACGCCUCCUACGCCAAAUCUGUUAAGAUAUUUUGCCUCGAUAGCUACAAAUGCAAAAGAACGGACGCAACUUGAUCUUCUGGCCUCUGAUCCGGCGGCUUACGAGGAUUGGAGACAUUGGAAAUUUCCUAAUUUGGCCGAAGUUUUGGAUGAAUUUCCAUCGGUGACUCCAUUUGCUCCGUUGCUUCUGCUUCAUCUAACGCCUUUACAACCAAGAUUCUACAGCAUCUCAUCUUCUCCACUUGUGCACCCGGGGCAAAUACACUUAACAGUCGCAGUAGUGCAAUAUCAAACGCAAAACGGUUCUGGGCCAGUACAUUUUGGCGUUUGCUCCAAUUAUCUAUGGGAAAUAUCUGAAGGAGAGUUGUUGUAUGUGUUCGUACGAAGCGCACCAAACUUUUAUAUGCCGACACAAACUGAAGCACCAAUGAUAUUGGUGGGGCCAGGUACUGGGAUUGCUCCUUUCCGAGGUUUCUGGCAACAUCGAUUUGCUCAAAUGAAACUUCAGCAAAAUCAAAAAUUCGGUAAGAUUUGGCUUUUCUUUGGCUGUCGUCAAAAGACUUUGGAUCUAUACAGGCAAGAGAAAAAAGAAAUGUUAGAGGUCGGUGUUUUGGAUAAGGUAUUUUUAGCAUUGUCUCGAGAGCCUGGUAUUAAAAAGACCUAUGUGCAAGAUUUGAUCCAAGCGGAAGCAUCUCAAAUUUACCCUAUGGUAGUGUAUGAGCGCGGCCACUUUUACGUUUGCGGAGAUUGCACAAUGGCGGAAGACGUUUAUCAAACCUUGAAACAAAUCAUACAAACGCACAGCCAAAUGACUGACAAAGAAGUCCAAGCAUACAUGUUAUCAUUAAGGGAUGAAAAUCGUUACCACGAAGACAUAUUCGGUAUAACAUUACGCACUGCCGAGGUGCAUAAUCGAUCGCGUGAGACCGCCAGGAUCCGGAUGGCCGCUGAGCCAUAAAAAUAUUAAACUGCUAAAACAUAACUCAAGAAUAAUUUUCGUUCAAAGGGUUGCUAUUGCAUUAAUAAUUAUUGCAUAUAACAUAAUUCUGUAUGCUAAGCUUCUUUUAUUUACAAGUAGUGCUUGAGAUUAAUCUCUCGAUUGCUAGACCAUUUUAUCUGCUAUUUGAUGGAUUCGCCGGUCGUAUGAAAUCACGCUGAAUACAUGUUCGCUGCACGUAGUAAUACAUAAGACAAGUGUAUAAGACAA